AUGGCAUAUCCUGAUUUACAUUCAGGGUUUAUGUCUAGAAAUCAACAUUUGUUCUCUUUUAAGUUUCUUAAAAAUCACAAACCAUUUCAAGGACCUAGACUACUCCUGUUAGGUUCUUGUAAUGGUUUGGUACUCUGUAUUUCACGUAUUGGAGAAGAGCACAGUAGGUAUCAUGUUUGUAAUCCACUAACUCAGACAUGGGUUUCACUUCCAUUACCACCUGGUUCCCAGAUUAAAUUAUUUGAUGUUUGUGGUAUAUUUUUUGAUUAUUCCUUAUCAUCAUUUGCUAGUUGUUAUAAGGUUGUGCGUAUCCCACAGUUUAAGGAGCCCUCGAAGAAUUUCAAUGUUGAGAUAUAUUCUUCUGAUCUGGGCAUAUGGGAAAGUUUUCAAGUUUCGUGUGAUGAAAAUGUCGUGUGGCGAUUCCCUGCGUUUGAUAAACUUGUUAUCCUUAAUGGUGCUUUGUUUUGGAUUCAAGGGGGGAGUAGAAUGUUAGUUUACAAUCUCAAUCAGAUUAAUAAAAGUGAUGGUCAUCAAUGUAGUUUGAUUAAUUUGCCAGAUAUGGAGUUUGAUGAUACUGAGUUUCUUCACUUUAGUAGUCAUAUUGGUGAGUCAGAAGGUUGGCUCUGUUACGCCAAAGCUAGAAAGGCAGCAAGUGAAAUUACUGUGAGUGUUUGGGUGCUCAAUAUGGGCAACUGGGAAAUGUUGCACAAGGAUAUUUCAGUUGGCGGUAUCUGCGAGGAAGUGCUUUCUCGCAAAGGUAAAGCUGCAGGAAUCCAAGUUUUAGGUUUCAGUCCGGUAGACCGAAACAUUGUUUUGCUCGGUUGCAAGAAAUGGGUUUGGGGGUUUAAUAUCAAGACGAGAAGCUUUGAAGAGUUCUGUUUGGAUAACAGACAUGUACAUGAUGCAAGUAUGAUGUUCCUGCCGUUUGUGCUAAAGCCAAUGCCGACAGUACCCUUUUGGACAAAGUGA